AUGUUGGGGAUGGCACGCAUCAACGAGUGGAAGCCGGUGAUCGCGAUGCUAGUCUUCGACCUCAUCUCUGCCGUGACAACAGCCCUGAUCAAGAAGGCGCUGCAGGAGGGGCUCGACCGCCUGGUGCUCAUCACGCUGCGGCAGCUUGUGGCCACAGUCUUCCUCGCUCCAAUCGCUUACUUCAGAGAGCGGAACACAAGGCCUAAGCUCACACUGGAGAUCCUAGUCUACCUCUUCUUCAGUGCAGCAUUUGGCGCCGCGCUCUCUCAGUACACCUUCUUCUACGGGCUGCAGUACACCACCGCAACGUUCGCCAUAACUUUCACCAACGUGGCUCCUGUGCUCACUUUCCUCAUUGCAGUCUUGCUAAGGGUGGAGUCACUGAAUAUGAAGAACAAGGCAGGAGCAGCAAAGAUCGUCGGAACGCUCACGUCGUUCGCCGGCGUCAUGCUCCUGACCCUCUACAAGGGCGUUUCCUUGACGCACCUAGCUGAAGAACCUAGCCCGGAUCACCACGGAGCAGCACCAGGGUCGUCGUCGUCUGACAGGAAGAGCUGGACGCUGGGAACUCUGGCAUUGCUCGCCAACUGCCUGUGCUUCUCCUUCUGGCUGCUGCUGCAGUCCAGGCUCACCAAGAAGUACCCGGUGCUCUACUCCAGCACGGCCUACAUGUUCCUCAUCAGUUCACUGCAGGGCGGGGCCCUCACGGCGGCCAUCCAGAGGCGAGCUUCGGUGUGGGUUCUGACGAGGCCGCUGGAGAUCGUUACGGUCUUAUAUACAGGAGUCAUGGGGUCCGGAGUGGGCUACGUGCUGAUGACGUGGUGCGUGGAGAAGAGAGGGCCGGUGUUCACGUCAGCCUUCAUCCCUGUCAUCCAGAUCAUGGUUGCCAUGAUGGAUUUCUUCUUUCUCCAUGAGAAUCUCUAUCUUGGAAGUGUUCUGGGAUCCAUACUCUUGAUUCUGGGCCUCUAUAUUCUGCUGUGGGGAAAGAAGAGGGAUGCCUCAGAAGCAUCAUCAUCAUCAGCUGCUGCUGCUGCCAAGGAAGAAGAGGAGGAGGAGGAGGACAAAGAGAAGCAAGUCAGAUCAUGA